AUGUCGGGGCCAAUGGAACCGACAAGGAUCACAACCCACCGGCUGAGCCCUGCCGACUUGGUCCUUAAGGCCAAGCAGAUUUGCCAAAACCCGCUGAGCUCCAACGGGAAAUACGGGCUGGCCCCCUACAGCCGCCGCAACUCUCCUCCGCGGCGAAACUUCCGCCGGAUCGGCCAGGAGCAUCCGGCUUCCUACACGCCGGACCGGAUCUUCCAGGACGACUCCGACGCUGACCCCUACGUCAAGGGAGAGCAGAAGAUGGGCCGGACCCACACUCCACGCCCCGGUAACUUUUCUGGCAAGGGCUCUGAUUCGGAUGAUGAGGUUACUAUACUUGAGGUCGUGGAGCGCGCCACCCCACUUCAGGCCGAGGUUGGGGCUGAGUUUCUUGAGAAGCUCGCCUCCCAAGGCCGCAAGAACAAGGCGCCCACGCCCGAGGCCGGUUCCAGCGAGGCUCCUCCAGCCAAACGCUCCCAGAUGGAGAUCGGCGGGAAGAAGGUGUAA